AUGUCUCCACACCUGUGGGAACUCGAUACCCUUGAAGAUGCGGAGGGCCAUCUCCAGCGGCUCGAUUUCCAGCCCUUCAAGCUCCAAAACCUCGUCAAUGGCAACCUCGUCCCUCACCCCCACAAUUGGAUUGAUUCUAUGAACCCCAAGACCGGCCUCCACUUUGCAUGCAUCCCAAACAGCACUCCCGAGCAAAUCGACCAAGCCGUCAAAGCCGCCGACGCAGCCUUUCCUGCGUGGUCUGCCACACCUCCCUCGCAACGAUCACAAUACCUCCAGCGCAUUGCUUCGAGAAUCGAAGAACAGCGGGAAUUGUUCGCUGUCUGGGAAAGCAUCGACCAGGGAAAGACCUUGACGCGCGCGAGAGUGGAGAUUGAUCGCGCGGUGUCUAAUUUCCGGUGGGACAAUUCCGGAAUCGCUUUCCAUACUUGUGGUGUCUUCGCGCUUAUUUCGCCAUGGAACAUGCCGUUGUAUCUUCUUACGUGGAAGAUCGCGCCCUGUCUGGCCUUUGGGUGUACGGCUGUAGCGAAGCCGAGCGAGUUGACUAGCGUGACAGCCUACCUCCUCUCGGCUGUAUUCCAAGAUGUCGGACUCCCUCCCGGUGUAAUAAACUUGGUAUACGGAGCUGGAAACCCCACCGGCUCAGCUCUAGUUCGCCAUCCGCUCAUCAAAGGCAUCUCUUUUACCGGGGGCACAGCCACAGGCCGACAAAUCCGCCGCGAUACCGUCGACGACAUCGGAAAGCACCUAUCGCUUGAACUAGGCGGGAAAAACCCUACUCUCGUGUUUGACGACGUUGACAUGGACAAGGCCGUCGCGACCGCAGCGGCUGCUGCAAAGUCAAGGACUAACAAUAUCCAGAUCUGUCUCUGUGGUUCCCGGAUAUAUAUCCAGAGGAGAAUCUGGUCGGAGUUCGUAUCGCGCUUCGUCUCAUAUGUCAAAGAGCAUUACGAACUAGGCAACACAGUCGGUGCUGUAGUCUCUUUGCCACAUUAUAACAAAAUCCGGUCGUAUCUCUCUCUAGCUGCGGAAGACCCCGUCAGCGUGUUUCAUCUCGGUUCUAUACCACCGGAAAACCCGGAAGGAGGGUUCUGGAUAGAACCUGCUGUUUUGACGGUGUCGGAGUCGAGUCCGUUGUUGACGGACGAGAUCUUUGGUCCAGUUGUUACUCUUACUCCUUUUGAUACGGAGGAGGAAGCAAUUCAGAAGGCGAAUAAUAGUCAGUAUGGACUGGCUAGUAUCUUGUUGACUAAGGAUGGGGCGCGCAUGCGCCGUGUCGGUGAGAGGCUGGAGGCUGGGUUGGUGUGGGUCAAUUGUUGGCUGGUUCGGGAAUUGGGGACGCCGUUCGGAGGGAUGAAGGCUUCCGGCAUAGGAAGAGAGGGGGGUCAGUAUAGUAGGGAGGUGUUUACCUCUGUGCGCACGUUGCAUAUUCCGCAGGUAUAG